AUGUCCAGCAAGCGCCUUCAGGAUCGUGUUGCGAUAGUGACAGGGUCAUCUCAAGGCAUUGGCAGGGAGAUCUGCAACCAGUUCUUUUUGGAGGGCGCCAUUCUUGUCUGCGCUGAUCUGAGACCUCUUGGAAAGGGGGAGUCGAUAGCAACACAUGACUGGAUCUCCCAGAGGGGCGGCAAAUCCAUCUUUGUCGAGACAGAUGUUACUAUAGCAGAGAGUUGGAGGGGUCUCAUUGCAAAGACCGUAGAAACAUACGGCAAACUCGACAUUGUUGUGGGCAACGCUGGUAUCUGUACCGAAGCUGGCAACCCUCAGCCCAUCCAUGAAGUAGAUGAAGACGUAUUUGAUGCUCACAUGCGGAUCAAUGCACGUGGUGUGUUCCUCGGAUCGAAGUACUGUGUGCAACAGUUCUUAAAACAAGAACCACGUGCCAACGGCAUUCGCGGUUGGAUUGUUAACCUUGCUUCCAUGGUGUCGAACAUUGGCAUGCCGGGCCUGACUGGGUAUACUGCUUCGAAGGGCGCUGUGGCCGCCAUGACAAGGACUAUCGCACUCGAUGUUGCAAAGGAGGGCAUUGUUGCAAACUGCAUCGCUCCUGGAUCCAUGCUUGAUGAUGCGCUAGGCGGAGCUCUACCCGGGGCCGUGGAGGGUAUCAAAGCCAGUAUUCCUAGGGGCAUAUUCGGUCACCCACUCGAUCAUGCAAGAGCGGCGGUAUAUCUUGCAAGUGACGACGCGCAGUGGAUCACAGGAAUCACUCUGAAUGUUGAUGGUGGCUUGGUGGCACAGUAG